CGUUGUCUGCUCCGAGUAUUGUGACAGAGCCACUGGGUAACUCACUCCGCCACGCCUCUGCUCUCUGACAUCACUCCCUCACAGGGUUUAAGGCGAAAAGCAACCCUAAUACGGAUCGAUCAUACCGCACACUUUACGUUAUACCUACACGCACUCGGCGCUUGCCACUUGGAUGUGAGGUCCUCAUCCACAGCCCCACUGCGAACCAACAAGCUGUUAUCACCUUUUGGUGAAUCUCAGGAAAAGUACAUCUAUAGAGGUUUGCAACAAUGGCAAAUAUGGCCAUAACUACGAUACUUGAGAAGAUGACUGGGAAGGAUAAGGAUUACAGAUACAUGGCAACUUCUGAUUUGCUAAAUGAACUGAACAAAGAGGGAUUUAAACUUGAUGCUGAACUUGAAGCAAAGCUGUCAAAUGUUGUUUUGCAGCAGCUAGAUGAUGCAGCUGGUGAUGUUUCUGGAUUGGCUGUAAAAUGCCUUGCACCUCUUGUGAAGAAAGUUCGCGAGCAACAAGUCUUGGACAUGACAGACAGGCUUUGUGAUAAACUGCUCAAUGGGAAAGAACAACACAGAGACAUUGCAAGCAUAGCAUUGAAGACAAUUGUUUCUGAAGUUCCUUCAUCUGUUGCUCAAUCUAUUCUUGUCUCCAUCUCCCCUAAGUUGAUAAAGGGAAUAACUGCUCCUGGGAUGAACACAGAAAUAAAAUGUGAAUGUCUUGACAUAUUGUGUGAUGUUCUUCACAAGUAUGGAACUCUGAUUACAUCCGAUCAUGAGGUAUUGCUGGGUGCAUUAUUACCUCAGCUAAGUUCCAAUCAAGCUAGUGUUAGAAAGAAAACUGUUUCAUGUCUAGCAUCUUUGGCAUCAAGCUUAUCAGAUGAUUUGCUGGCAAAGGUUACUGUUGAAGUUGUAAAGCUUUUGAGAAACAAGAGCUCAAAGCCUGAGAUGACACGAACUAACAUUCAGAUGAUUGGGGCACUAAGCCGUGCUGUUGGCUAUCGUUUUGGUCCCCACUUGGCUGAUACAGUUCCAAUACUAAUCAACUACUGUACUACUGCAUCUGAGAAUGAUGAGGAACUUCGGGAGUAUAGCUUACAGGCACUUGAGAGUUUCUUGCUAAGGUGCCACAGGGAUAUCUCUCCCUAUUGUGAUCAGAUUUUGCAUCUUACUCUGGAAUUUCUCAGUUAUGAUCCCAAUUUCACUGAUAAUAUGGAAGAAGAUACUGAUAAUGAAAUUCAGGAGGAAGAGGAGGAUGAUGAGAGUGCUGAUGAAUACACAGACGAUGAAGAUGUCAGCUGGAAGGUUAGAAGAGCUGCUGCUAAAUGCUUGGCAGCACUAAUUGUUUCUCGUCCUGAAAUGAUUUCCAAGCUAUAUGAGGAGGCUUGCCCAAAGUUAAUUGACAGGUUUAAAGAAAGGGAAGAAAAUGUCAAGAUGGACAUGUUCAAUACAUUCAUUGAGUUGCUGCGGCAAACGGGAAAUGUAACAAAGGGACAGACAGACUUCAACCAAUCCAGUCCCAGAUGGUUGCUGAACCAAGAGGUUCCCAAAAUUGUUAGAUCUGUAAAUAAGCAGCUUCGGGAGAAAUCUGUGAAAACAAAGGUCGGUGCAUUUUCAGUUUUGAAAGAACUGGUGAUUGUGCUGCCUGAUUGCCUUGCAGAGCAUAUUGGAUCACUCAUACCUGGGAUUGAAAAGGCAUUAUGUGACAAGUCAUCUACCUCAAACUUAAAGACUGAAGCUCUUAUAUUCACAAGAUUAGUAUUGGCUUCACAUAGCCCUCCUGUUUUCCAUCCACACAUUAAGGCCAUAUCUAGCCCUGUCAUAUCUGCUAUUGGUGAGCGAUAUUACAAAGUUACAGCAGAAGCAUUGAGAGUGUGUGGUGAACUUGUUCGUGUUUUGCGGCCUGAUAUUCAGGGUUAUGGUUUUGACUUCAAACCUUAUGUUCAUCCCAUAUACAAUGCCAUUAUGGCCCGUUUUACUAACCAAGAUCAGGAUCAGGAGGUUAAGGAGUGUGCCAUUACUUGCAUGGGGCUUGUUGUUUCAACAUUUGGUGACCAUUUGCAAACCGAAUUACCCGCAUGCCUUCCUGUGCUCGUUGACCGAAUGGGAAAUGAAAUAACUCGGCUAACUGCAGUGAAGGCUUUUGCGGUCAUAGCUGCUUCUCCAUUGCAUCUAGACCUGUCAUGUGUUAUAGAGCAAGUAAUUGCAGAGUUAACUGCGUUCUUACGGAAGGCAAACCGAGCACUUAGACAGGCAACUCUUGGGACACUGAACACUCUCAUUGUCGCAUAUGGUGAUAAAAUUGGUUCAGCUGCUUAUGAGAUUAUUAUUGUGGAACUUUCAUCAUUGAUAAGUGACUCAGACUUGCAUAUGACUGCUCUAGCACUGGAGCUCUGCUGCACCUUAAUGGCUGACAGGAGGUCAAGCCCUAGUGUUGGUUUGACUGUGAGAAACAAAGUCCUUCCUCAGGCACUGGUUCUAGUGAAAAGUUCACUGCUUCAGGGCCAAGCACUCUUGGCUCUACAAAACUUCUUUGCUGCUUUGGUUUACUCAGCAAAUACAAGCUUCGAUGAGCUACUAGAUUCUCUCUUAUCAACUGCCAGACCUUCUACCCAGUCUGGUGGUGUUGCAAAACAAGCCUUAUUUUCUAUUGCUCAGUGUGUAGCUGUUCUUUGCCUUGCUGCAGGGGAUCAACAAUGUUCGACAACUGUAAACAUGCUUACAGAGAUCCUGAAAGUAGAUAGCAGUACUAAUUCGGCCAAGCAACACCUUGCCUUGCUAUGUUUAGGAGAGAUUGGGAGAAGGAAAGAUCUAAGCUCACAUUCUCAUAUAGAGAAUAUUGUGAUCGAGUCCUUCCAAUCUCCAUUUGAAGAGAUAAAAUCAGCUGCUUCUUAUGCUCUUGGUAAUAUUGCUGUUGGUAACUUACCAAAAUAUUUACCAUUUAUCCUUGACAAAAUUGAUAAUCAGCAAAAGAAACAGUACCUACUUCUCCAUUCAUUGAAGGAGGUAAUAGUAAGACAAUCUGUGGACAAAGCUGAGUUCCAGGAUUCUAGUGUUGACAAGAUACUUCAUCUGCUAUUCAACCACUGUGAAAGUGAGGAAGAGGGUGUUCGCAAUGUGGUGGCUGAGUGUCUCGGCAAAAUUGCCCUCAUUGAACCUGGAAAGCUUGUCCCGGCACUGAAGGAAAGAACUACCAAUCCAGCUGCUUUCACCCGAGCAACAGUAGUAAUUGCCAUAAAAUAUUCUUUAGUUGAGAGGCCUGAGAAGAUAGAUGCAAUUUUGCCAAAUGAAAUCUCAUCCUUCCUCAUGCUCAUCAAGGAUGAUGACCGGCAUGUUAGGCGUGCUGCUGUUUUAGCCUUGAGUACUGCAGCUCAUAAUAAGCCUAACCUAAUAAAGGGUCUCCUGCCAGAAUUAUUGCCACUUCUCUAUGAUCAGACUACAAUUAAGAAAGAAUUGAUCAGAACAGUUGACUUAGGUCCUUUCAAGCAUACAGUGGAUGAUGGGCUUGAAUUGCGGAAGGCUGCUUUUGAGUGCAUGGACACAUUGUUGGACUCUUGUCUUGACCAAGUGAAUCCUUCAUCUUUUAUUGUUCCAUAUCUUAAAUCUGGUCUUGAUGAUCAUUAUGAUGUUAAAAUGCCAUGCCACCUCAUCCUAUCAAAACUUGCAGAGAAGUGCCCGUCUGCUGUCUUAGCAGUGUUAGAUUCUUUGGUGGAUCCUCUCCAGAAAACUAUAAAUUUUAGACCCAAACAAGAUGCUGUCAAGCAAGAGGUAGACCGCAAUGAAGACAUGAUUCGGAGUGCCCUCCGAGCGAUUGCAUCCUUGAAUCGUAUCAGCGGAGGGGAUUACAGCCACAAGUUCAAGAACCUCAUGAAUGAAAUUGCAAAGUCCCAAACACUAUGGGAUAAGUACUGUUCAAUCAAGAAUGAGUGAUUUUAAAGCCUUUUUUUUGGUGUUGCGGAGGAAUGCAGGGAGGGAUUAAAUGUGCUUUGGUUGUGAAUCAUAUCAUAUGGAAGAAGGCAAUUAUAGGUUGACAGCAGAGGAGGGCUUGUGUUGUGUUGCACAUAAAACCGACAAGGGAGUUUAAAUCUUAGGACUCGGGGAGUUGAGACAUUGGAAUAUAGUUUAUUUUGUAGGUGAUUGUACCUAUGAUUGUCGUACUUACGGGGUUGCAUUUCUUCUAGCGGUAUGGAUUUUGUAAUUGGCAGCAAGCAUCCGUGUUUGUUCAUCAAUGGUGCUUAAUUAUGUUAAGUGGAUGAUGUUUGAUUUUUCUGUCAAACUUUCAAAAUUUGUCAAAUUAAUGUGUUGAUGCUUUCAGUUUCAGACUUUUCAAAUUGAAAAUCAAGCUAUACAGAUUAGACU